UUUGAAAUUUGUGUAAUUUUUAGUUCACUCUUACAUCUGAAUAUUAGUAGACAACAGCAGAAUUCUUGAUAUCUCUGAGCCAUGUGCUACGUGAAUAUUGGACUUAAAUACUUUGCCAAACGAAGUCCCAAGAACUUCGUAAGGAUAAUUCACCCACUGUCGUUUAUCUUUCUACUGGGGAUGACCGCAUUCUUUUUCGGACAUCAGAUGUUUUAUAUAGCACCCCAAUUAUAUGGUGGUGUGUUAUAUAAGAUCUGCUGGAUUGUGGCCAUAUUCAUAACGUACAACAUUCUGGGAAACAUGCUGGCCUGCUAUCAUACAAACUCAUCUGUUGAAAGCCUGCCAAAGGAUCGCCAAGUUCCAACUCCAGGAGAUGAGCACACCUGGAUCUAUUGUAAAACCUGUCAAAAGCUAAUGCCUCCACGAUCCUGGCACUGUGAUCUUUGCCGGUGUUGCAUUUUGAAGAGGGAUCACCACUGCAUCUUCACAGGAACUUGCAUUGGUCACAACAAUCAUCGUUACUUCUUCUGGUUGACCUUCUACUUAACAUUGGGAUUGAUCGGAUGCAUUGGUUCCCAUUUCCUUCAUGCCAUAAUACAUGGCUUUCAUUUGAUCAGCUUUCUUGGCUUGGACUUGAUUAACAUGAUUUUCCAGCACAAUGGCCCAGAGCCCAGUUUGUAUUAUAAGCCAGUUUUCGGGCUCUGUUUGUUGCUCUGCUGCUUACCAGGGAUAAUGUUGGCAUGGCAAAUCCAGAUAUUAUGCACAAACUCUGAUUACUAUAAUUUUUACUCUCAAGUGUACGAUUUGGGAUUGAAAAAGAACUGCAAGAUUAUGUUGGGUGAGCGGGGACUUUGGACCUUCCUCUCACCCUCGGUGAAGAGUCCUUUGCCCCACGAUGGCACCCAGUGGCAGAUGAAGCACAGUGUCUAAAUUAUAAGUAUUUUGAGUAUUAAAUAUAUGUUUUCAACCCAUAA